UACAGUGCUAUGUAGCCGACUGUGUCAGUUGGGUACCUAGGCUAACUUUGUUGGACUUACGAACAAAUUGGACUUAGGAACGCACUCUUGGAACGGAACUCAUUCGAAUGUCGGGGACUUACUGUAUCUGAUUUACAUUUUUAAAAGACACGGUGGCUGUUUUUCUGGAGCGUAGACUGUAAGAGAUGUGGCAAGACUGGCAGCUUUGCAGUAGUCCAGGUGAGGUAAUAUUGAACCUCCAGUAGCUAGAAGAGUGUGACACGCAUUUGGCACCCAAUAAACUUGAGAACACAUCGAGGCAGAAAUGAUCUUCAAGAACCUACAACUGUGAUGGGCACAUAGUCAAUGCUUGAUAAAUUUUUUCGUGAAUCAAUGAGUAGAAUCAGGCUUUCUUGUAACCCACGCUAGGAUUUGAGUUCAUCUCGAUAUUUUGGAGCUUUUAAAAAUACUUUUUACUUUUCUAGCUGGCAGUAUUUUGGAGGGGCAGUGCAUUUUAUGAGUUCAUUUUCUUCUGUGUAAAACUGCAUUCUCCUUUGAAAGAGAUGGGAGAAAUCUGACUCCACCACUUCCAGGGCGGUGUGGGGUGGCGGGAUGGACAUUCUCAGUCGGUGUUGGUAAUUCCUAAAACCCUGUGCUCACAUCUGGAAACCGAUCUUGUGUACUUUUCUGUGCACUUCUCCACAGCAGGGACCAGACCUGUCUCAUCACUGCGUCUCCUGAACUUACCACAGUCAGGACUGUUGAGCCAGCACAUGGUUAUUACCUUGACUAGCCUGAGGAGCAUUCUGGUGCCUUGGUGGAGCUCUGGGGCCUUCUUGCUGUCUUCCUGGAGAGCCCAGAACUCUCCUGGCCUCAUUUGUCUUACAGUCACAGGACAUCCCUAAAGCUAAACAGGUCUCUGGACUGUCAGGUGGACCAUUGGUGCUGCAGUGGAAGCCAGCGGCUAAGUCUUGUGUAUGGCGUGGUUAAGGUUGCAGCCUCUUACCUCUGCCUUCCUCCAUUUUGGGCUGAUUACCUUUGUGCUCUUCCUGAAUGGUCUUCGGGCAGAGGCUGGCGGCUCAGGGGAUGUGCCCAGCACAGGGCAGAACAAUGAGUCCUGUACAGGGUCAUCGGACUGCAAGGAGGGUGUCAUCCUGCCAAUCUGGUACCCGGAGAACCCUUCCCUUGGAGACAAGAUUGCCAGGGUCAUUGUCUAUUUUGUGGCCCUGAUAUACAUGUUUCUCGGGGUGUCCAUCAUUGCUGAUCGCUUCAUGGCAUCUAUUGAAGUCAUCACUUCUCAAGAGAGAGAGGUGACUAUCAAAAAGCCCAAUGGAGAGACCAGCACAACCACGAUUAGGGUCUGGAACGAAACUGUCUCCAAUCUGACCCUUAUGGCCCUGGGUUCCUCUGCUCCGGAGAUCCUCCUCUCUUUAAUUGAGGUGUGUGGUCAUGGGUUCAUUGCUGGUGAUCUGGGACCUUCUACCAUUGUAGGCAGCGCAGCCUUCAACAUGUUCAUUAUCAUCGGUAUCUGCAUCUACGUGAUCCCCGAUGGAGAGACUCGCAAGAUAAAGCACCUCCGAGUCUUCUUUGUCACUGCUGCUUGGAGCAUCUUUGCCUACAUCUGGCUCUAUAUGAUCCUGGCCGUCUUCUCUCCUGGUGUGGUGCAGGUUUGGGAAGGCCUCCUCACUCUCUUCUUCUUUCCAGUGUGUGUCCUUCUGGCCUGGGUGGCAGAUAAGCGACUGCUCUUCUACAAAUACAUGCACAAAAAGUACCGCACAGAUAAACACCGAGGAAUCAUCAUAGAGACAGAGGGUGACCACCCCAAGGGCAUCGAGAUGGAUGGGAAAAUGAUGAAUUCCCACUUCCUAGAUGGGCAUCUGGUGCCCCUGGAAGGGAAGGAAGUGGAUGAGUCCCGCAGGGAGAUGAUCCGGAUUCUCAAGGAUCUGAAGCAAAAACACCCAGAGAAGGACUUAGAUCAGCUGGUAGAGAUGGCCAAUUACUAUGCUCUGUCCCAUCAACAGAAGAGCCGCGCCUUCUACCGGAUCCAGGCCACCCGUAUGAUGACUGGCGCAGGCAAUAUCCUGAAGAAGCAUGCAGCAGAACAAGCCAAAAAGGCCUCUAGCAUGAGUGAGGUGCACACUGAUGAGCCGGAGGACUUUGUCUCCAAGGUCUUCUUUGACCCGUGCUCUUACCAGUGCCUGGAGAACUGUGGGGCUGUGCUCCUGACAGUGGUGAGGAAAGGGGGGGACAUGUCCAAGACCCUGUACGUGGACUACAAAACAGAGGAUGGUUCUGCCAAUGCGGGCGCUGACUAUGAGUUCACAGAGGGCACUGUGGUUCUGAAGCCAGGAGAGACCCACAAGGAGUUCUCUGUGGGCAUCAUUGAUGAUGACAUUUUUGAGGAGGAUGAACACUUCUUUGUGAGGUUGAGCAACGUUCGCCUAGAGGAGGAGCAGCCAGAGGAGGGGAUGCCUCCCAGAGUACUCAAUAGUCUUCCCUUGCCUCGGGCUGUCCUGGUGUCCCCUUGUGUGGCCACAGUCACCAUCUUGGAUGAUGAUCAUGCAGGCAUCUUCACUUUUGAAUGUGACACUGUUCAUGUCAGUGAAAGUAUUGGUGUCAUGGAGGUCAAGGUUCUGCGGACAUCAGGUGCCCGGGGCACAGUCAUCGUACCCUUUAGGACAGUAGAAGGGGCCGCCAAGGGUGGUGGUGAGGAUUUUGAAGAUGCAUAUGGGGAGAUGGAGUUCAAGAAUGAUGAAACUAUGUAAGUAACCUUUCCACAGUCCAUCUGCCUCCGUCCCUUGCCACCCCCUUCUCUCCUGCACCACGUUUUAAAACUUUCUUGUAUUUGUGUUAAUGUCAAACUUUGGUUCCAUCACAGGUAUGCAGGAUCAGCAGACCCUCCUGCCAGGUUCUGCUUCCAAAAUCUCCUUCAGCUUUCUCACUUUAAACUGUUUUCAGGCAAGGAAUUCUGUGGCAGGCUCUAAGGACAUAGAACAUUUUGUCCACUGAAACUCAAAAUGAUGGCUGGUGGAGGUGUGGGAUGACAGAAGUUCUGAUAUCAGAUUUGGGGGGAUGCUUGUGAAUUCUCCUAGCAAGAGGUAGGAGACUGCUUGGGUCUCUCCUUCCUCCUCUUCUCAGGCCAAGGGCUUACAUGAGCUUUGAAGCCAAUCCUUUCCAUUCUGAGGCGGUGGUAGCCCAAUCAGGACAUCCUCAAGCAAGUGAGUGGCAUUGGCUUUUUUUUUUUUUCCAGUACCAUAUUGCAACUGUAUUGUAUAAGCAGAUUUCAAGCACCUCUCCUUCAAUUUGGAAAUUGCAAAAUUGAUUGAAACUUAGCAGUCUCUUUAAACACCAAUAGGCUAUUUUAUGGUGCGAGGCUUGCCCAGUUUAGGUGAAAUGAAUCAGAAUGGCUUGGGUCCUGGAGGUAUCUUGGAGAAGCAGAGCUCUCAGGGCAGCAGCCACCUGUCUUCAGUCACAGGGCUAAGCUCCAAAAUCUGGCUAAGCAGUGGAGGAGAAGCCUCUUAGGAAUUGUGGGGGGAAAAAUA